UACAGCACCGUUGAUAAGUGCGUGUAUUGAGAAAACUCAAACCCUCUCGAUACAGACAGAUACGACCAUCACUAUCUCGACAACUGUAUGUCCAUGGACGUGAAGCAUAGAAGACAGUAGUCUUGAGCAGACCGCUCUCUGGAGCCGCCCCAAUGAAUUCAAAUGGCAAAUCCCCAUUUUUGUCUCGAGGAGCGGGAGAGUUUGGGUAAAGCACAAGACGGAGAGUUGAGCCCCGGAGUGGCAACUUGGAUGUGGAGGGAUGUGUUGUGCUGAGAGUGUAUUACUGUAGACUACUACGAACUACUCGAGUGUUCACGCUUUCUUGUGCACCCCCUCAUUUUUACUUGCCACUUGCCUCACUCACGGUGAAGAUCUUCCGUGCCGCCUGAAGAAAUCUAAAUGAGCAUGCCAAGAAGACAGACGAAAGAGUGAGAGAGAUCUUCAGCAUGUUUCGAGUUCUUCCCUGUAGAAGACACGCAAGAAGAUACGGCAUUUCAGCAACUUGAAUACACUUAGAGACCUGACGAUGCUCGAGCCAUGAAGUUUUGGAAGUCGUGGAAAGGUCACACCCAUGGUACUAGUGCUACUGGUGGAGUGGUAGUUGAACCCAAAACCAAUGGAGUGUCCGGCAAAAAGGUCAAAGCGGCCACGCCGUUGGUGUUACGAAGAAGAUACAACGUCAAUUGCGGUCAAGAUGAGCCGCUCUAUGAGGAUUUCACACCCUCGCCAUCGCCGUCCUUGACUCGAAGCCUGUUUGGGACCACAUUUGUGGAAUUGAUUAAGCGGCAUGGCACACGAUUGGGUGUCCAAAUUCAAGGUGGGAUCCCUGACCAGGGAACUGAACCCCGGAUAGCAUCACUCACACCCGGGAGUUGGGCCCAAAGAAGUGAUGUGCUCUGUAUUGGAGACACUGUGGUCAGUGUCAAUGGUGUCUCCACAGCCACCAUGUCUCAAGGGGAACUAGUCAAAACCCUUGAUUUGUCAGAUAGAAUUCAGCUGGAAGUGAAAUAUCCACUACCUCCGCUGCCACCCUCUCAACAAAAGUGCCAGUCAAAGAUGAUUCAAGUCACUCUCAAGAAGGAAAACGGGAGCUUUGGUAUGGUCAUUCGAGGUGGCCAUCAUGAGAAUGUUAAGAUGCGUAGACCAUUCACCGUGGUAUACUUGACCCCAAACAGUCCCACUUUCAUGGACGGAACAAUUCGAGUAAAUGACCGAAUCCGUUGCAUUAAUGGAGUCAAUUUGAAUGACAUAAAAUUGCCCGAACUUCAGAGCCUCCUAUAUCAACAAGAUCAAGAGACAGUGUUCACAGUGGAGUACGAUGUAGCUAAGCACGAUCAGUUGGAAAAUGGUCCCAUUCUGGUUGAGAUUCGCAGGGAUGUGUCUGAUAUUUUGGGAUUUGGGGUGAACAAGUGUGUGGAUUCUGGCCACAUCUUCAUCGAGAGCAUCAAGCAAGCUAGUUUAGCAGAUCGUUGUGGUGCCAUGCACGUGGGUGAUGUCCUACUUUCAGUUAAUGGACAGCACGUGGCCCGAUUUGGGUCUGAACAGACCACUGACCUCAUUCGGGGAGACCAAACGAUUCCCGAGGUGGUUCAACUUGAGAUCCUACCAGGGAUGUUUAGUAGAACAGGCAAUCAAUUUCGUUCUUCAAUGCCUUCUCCCAGUUUCUCAUCCCUACGAAACCAUAAAAUGCGUCCAACGAGCCGAAAAUGCGUGCGUUACCAAUCAAUGACUGAUAUCGAUCGACCAAACCGGACCCCACUUCGACCUAUUCUCUCUGGUCACAACAGGGAGCGGCAAAAGUUUGUGACCUUCACCGUGGAAUUGGAACGCAAUGGAGGUCCACUAGGGCUUACUUUGGCCACUGAAGAGAAUGCCGCCAGUGUUGGGCCUAUUUUCAUAUCGGCAUUGGUCCCCGAUGGCUUGGCUGAAAGGACCAAAACCAUUCAAGUGGGAGAUCAACUUGUGGAAAUUAACAAUGAGGAAGUCAGAGAAAAGAGCCUCAAUCAAGUGAUUCCGAUGCUCCAACAGAAGUCCACAGUCAUCAAACUGAAGUUAGCCCGACUAAUCAGCAUCCCUGAGCGGGACUUUCCUUCGAGACGAGUGGCUGAAGAUAUUUACAUUUCGAAUCAUCGCAAACCCCCGUUACCUAGUCCAAGUCCUCGCGUGAGUCGAAUUAGCUCCCGUCGAGAUUCCACCACUUCACGAGAGACCAAUCACUCCCCAACGCCCACUAAUAUGGUGGCCUUGACACCUCGAGUCAGUCCCUCUCGAUCCUCUAUUGGGUCUUCGAGAGCAACCCCUCUGGAGGUGCACAAGGUCAUUCUUUUUAAAGAUAGGGUGUACGAAGACUUUGGUUUCAGUCUCUCCGACGGUCUCUACGAGAAAGGUAUUUUCAUUAAUCGGAUUCGCAAAGGCGGUCCCGCGGACCUAGGUGGUUUACUAAAGCCUCUAGAUCGAAUCCUCCAAAUCAACGACACCCGAACACAUGACUUUGAUUGCUGUUUGGCCGUUCCUCUGAUUGCAGGGGCCGGAGAUAAGCUGGAGCUCCUCGUGGCUCGAGCCACCAAAAUAUUUGCUUUAAGGGAUAGCGUGGAAUUUAGCGAGGAUGAUCAUUUCUUGUUUGAAGAUCCAGGCACCUUGACGCGAAGAAGCCAAACGAAGCGACCCUCUCUCCAACGGACGAAUAGCGCAGACGGACGAUUGAGUAACAGUGUAGGAGGGGGAAGUAUCACGAACCACAUUGUGCCUUGGACAACGAGUCAAAACGGCAAUCGAAACCCAUUUGAGUUCGAUGACAAUGAGAAGCUUGAUUAUCUUUGAAGAAUAAAUAAACGAAUGAUAUUUGCUCACGA